CUCACGCAUAUUAAGCGCAAGCUAUCCCCCAGCUAGACAGACGAUUGAAUUCCCAAACAACUCACACAACACCACCUUGUUAAUUACACAGAACCCCAAAGAAGAUCAAUAUGCUGAUCCAGGAAUCGCACAAAGACGUGCCUACGGUGGCGGGGGGUGAUAUGCGCAUCUUCAUGUUCCACCCCUCGAUCCCGAAUUACCCCAAAGCAAAGUUUCCAGGCGUAGUUGUUUUCUCGGAGAUAUACCAGGUAACCGGUCCCGUAUGCCGCUUCGCCCGCCAAAUCGCCUCGCAAGGCUACAUCGUGGCCGCCCCCUCCUCGUACCACGAAUUCACCGGUCCCUCCCCGCUCGCCUACGACGGGCCCGGCACAGACGCUGGAAACGAGUGGAAAAUUGCGAAGAAAGUGUCUGCGUACGAUGAAGACGCUACGCUUUCCAUCGACGCGCUACUCGCGCUUGAGACGUGCAAUGGGAGGGUGGGGGCUACUGGAAUGUGCCUAGGCGGCCACCUGGCGUAUAGAUGCGCGCUCGACCCGCGCGUCGCAGCCGCUGUGUGCUAUUUCGCGACGGAUAUCCACAGCUCGACACUCGGGCUGGGUAAGAGCGAUGAUUCGCUUGCGCGCGCGAGGGAUAUUAGGGGCGAACUUGUGAUGAUAUUUGGGAAAUUGGAUAAUCAUGUCCCUGCUGAGGGGCGCGAUUUGAUUAGGAAGACGCUGCAUGAUAGUGGAGUCAAUUUUUCGUUCUUUGAGAAUGCGGGGGCGCAACAUGCAUUUAUCCGCGACGAACUUAGUAAGGGCCGCUACGACGCGGCGCUGAGUGGGGUGUGCUUUGAGAUGCUCAAGGAGCUGUUUGGGCGCACACUGCGGUCUGAUUUGGGGCCGAGGGAUGGCAAGGCGGUGGAGGUUGAGGAUAUCUGUUGA